ACACACACACACACAUUAGAUAACCUACCAAGUCUUGGAUAUACAAAAGUACAGGUUGUUCAAGGUUGGAACGGUCGCAAACGCAAAAGAAAAUAUAAACCAAGAACCAGAAAUCUCACCGAAACUACGAACGUCAUUCAAACAAUAUUUACCAAAGCAUCUCUAUUUACUCUCUUUUACUUGUUUCAGUCAUUUGACUGAGGCCAUGCUGGAGCACCGCCUUUAGUCGAACAAAUCGACCCCGGGACUUAUUCUUUGUAAGCCUAGUACUUAUUCUAUCGGUCAUUAAGUUACGGGGACGUAAACACACCAGCAUCGGUUGUCAAGCGAUGUUGAGGAGGGGGGGGGGACAAACACACACACACACAUACGAUGGGCUUCUUUCAGUUUCCGUCUACCAAAUCCACUCACAAGGCUUUGGUCGGCCCGAGGCCAUAGUAGAAGACGCUUGCCCAAGGUGCUACGCAGUGGGACUGAAACCGGAACCAUGUCGUUGGGAAGCAAGCUAUUUACUACACAGCCACUCCGGCGUCUUUGUUUCUAUUAAUUAUGAAAAUAAUGAAGCAUUUAGUAAAACAACUUUAUCAUCGUUAAGCUUGAAUUUGGGAAAUAAAUUAACUUGGAUGUUUUGAUGUGAGGUUUUUCAGUAAAAACAAGAACUUUAUAUGAUAAGGUCAAGGGUGGCCUCGGGCGAGAUGGCGCAUCUUCCAUGUUCGUUACGGGUUGAAUGUUCAACAGAAUGUGAGUCGGGAAGAUUUGACUGGUGUUUCUAGCAGAUCGAUCCAGACUUUCAAGUUCACCAGUAGAAUGGUGGUGGUGGUGGUAGUACUUAAAUAAUGAGGACGGUGAUGGCAGCGGCAGCAGUAGUGGUAGUAGUAGUAACAUCAGCAACAGUAUAUUGUUGAUGAUGACAAGAGUUAUCGAACUUGAAAAUUGGAAUACAAAAGAGUUCCUAUGCGUAAAAAAAAAAAAAAAAAUAGUAGAACCACCCGAACCGUGAAAAGUGAAACGGAAGUGGAAGUAAAGUUGUCGGCGUAGAAGGGAAAAAGAAGACGUCUACUUCCUGUAUGAAGGUGUGUCACUCCUCUCUCCUGAUUUUGUUUGGAAACCUUCAAUAAUAAUCCGAGAGAAGGUUUGUCAGGUUUUUAAACAGUUCCAGCCAUGCCCAUCCCUCCACCAUUGGUGACUGGUGUGUCCCCUAAGGAGGGUCCUCCUGGAACAAGGAUCACAAUCAGAGGUGAAAACCUGGGACAUGAUGCUAAAGACCUUGUUGGUUUAAAGAUUUGUGGUGUCGACUGCCUGUUAUCAGCAGAAUGGAAGACUUCGAGUAAAAUUGUGGCUCGUACCGGCCCCGGUAAAGGAAAGGGAGAAAUCAUCGUAAGCACAAGAACUGGUGGUGUUGGAAGUUGUACCGUUGGCUUCCGUGGCUAUUUCAUUCAAAUAGGCCCACUUCAAGAAUCUGCAAUCUGGAUUGAUGAAUCUCAAACAGUUUUGUCAAAUCUUGGUCGUGGUCGAGCGUCUUCUCCAAUGUUAAUCAAAGACAAUGAAGAUCCUCUUGGUCUUUCUGAUGAAGGAACACAACCAAAAUUUAAAGAAGACGAAUUGCUUGAGAUGUUUCCAGAAGCUUCUGGUAAAAUGUCUUUGGAGAAUUUUUCACCAGCUUGGUAUCUCUUGGAGAACCAUCACUCUACAAGUUUUGAUGACUUGAAAGCUGGCCUUGGUUACAUGAAGCGGAAAGCAGCCCAGAGAUCUGAAGGACCAAUUGCAUUUAUGAAGUCAAAUUUAUCCUCAACUAUCGAUUGCUUGUCAAGUUUAUCAGCUAUGAAUAGAAUGUUUGCUACUGAUGAUAUUCGUGGUGACUGUAUGAAUUCAUAUGCUGUUCUCUUGAUGCAGGCUAAGUCAUGUGCUGAUGGCUUGUUCCAAGAAGUUCUCGGUCGCAAGGAUAAAGCAGAUUCCACACGCAAUGCUCUCAGUGUUUUACACAGAUUCAAAUUCCUAUUCUACCUUCCUCUUAAUAUUGAACGCAAUAUACAAAGGGGAGACUACAAUCUAGUCAUUAAUGAUUUUGUUCGAGCAAGAUCACUGUUUGCUGAUACACAGGUGCAAAUAUUUAAGAAAGUCUAUAAAGAAGUCGAGGAACAAAUAAACCUGUUCCGGAAGAUGUUACAUAACAAACUCCUGGAACUUCCAAACUCUUUGGAGGAACAAAAGAAACUAAUACGAUACCUGGUGAGUCUUGAAUCCGGAGGUGAACCUGCCUGGGAAUGUCUCAACAACCAACAGAAUUGGUUGAUGACCAUGUUGUCUCAUUGUCGCAAUGAACAUAUUAUAGAAGGUAAAAAACUGAAAAAAGAAGAUUGUACGAUUGAAAGGAAGCAGACUACACCAAUGUCUCCACACCAGACUGGUUAUGGUCGCAAUAAAUCCAGCAAUCUUACUUCAGUACAGGACCAGUCAACAACCACUCGCUUCAAGACACCACAGAAAGUUAUGUUCAUUGAAGAACUCAAUGAUAUUGUCACUGAGAAUUUUCCUGAUUUUUGGAAACUAGGACAUGCAUAUUUUGCCGGCAGUCUCAUUCAUAAAGAAACGGGAGACAAAUCAUUCAAAAUUGACUCAAACAAACAUUUACAGUUCAAGCAAAUGGUGUCGGAUGUCAUAACAUUCUUUGCCAAUCUGGUCCGUGCUGCGUUCUUACCGGAGUCUCUGGAAAAUCUACCGAGAGAAGAACGGGAAAAAUAUGGAAUCUGGCCAGAAAACAAGCAGGAGAUCCCUUUUGCCUGGCUGCCACACUGUGUUCGAUGUGUUCGUUCCUGCGUUUCAUCCCUCACCAAUCUUGAUUUGCCGACUGAUUCUACGGAUCUGAUCCAAGAACUGGCAUUCGAUAUGCGAACCCACUGCAUGUUUACAUUACUGAAACAGGCCAUCACAGAUGUGGAAUGUCUACACACCAAAGAAACAUGGAAUGUUGAAGCUGACGAUGAAUAUGGCGGCACAACCCAGCUUCCGGCGUUAUUUGAAAAUAUUGUCAAUGAAACAAUUCAACAUUUACAUGAAGUUGUUAUCCAGAACAGAACCGGGGAAUAUGAGAUCUUCAGCCAGCAGACAACCCAGAAAGAAGCCACUAUGCUGUGUACCAAACUGCUCCAAGCAUUCUCUGUCUGUCUCCACAAAUUAGCUUUCCAACAGCCUCAGUCAAUUGGAGACACAAAUAAAUCUGAUUCUUUACAAGAUGAUCUACCACCAUUUGAUAAACGUCUAAUUAUUAUGUUGAGUAACUGCAAUCACGUUUGUAAUCGUGUGAUUCCAAGACUUGUGGAGAAUUUAGAAAAACAUGGCUACGUUGAGAUGGAUAAAGGAUUACAGAUAGCUCAAGCAAAAUAUCUGGAAUUGGAUAAUAAAUUAUUUGAGGCUUAUAUAGAAGAGAAGUCCAAUCCUAUAGUUGGAGCUAUGGAACAAAAUAUGUAUCGUGGCAGCUUUGACUGGAAUACCUGCACCAAACCUGUUGCUGUGAGAAGUUACUUGAAGGAAGUCUUAAUGGGAAUGAUUGAAGUUCACGCUGAAGUUUAUGCAGUUUUUCCAUCUUUUGUCCCACGAGUUAUGUGCAAGGUCGUUGAAGCUGUUGCUGAAGAACUCUCUCGUCUGAUGCUGUGUAGUACUGGUUUCAAUUCCAACGGAGCUCUUCAGGCUCGUCUUGAACUGAUUGCUCUGCAAGAUGCUGUAUCCGCUUACCGAAAUGAUGUCGCCAUAAAACAUUUCCAAGAAGCUUUGGCCAUUCUCACACCAAUUGGCUCAAGUAAAAAAACUGAAGAAAUACUUCUGACCAACUUCAAAUCAACGAUGCGAUUCCACCUUAUGUGUUUCCAUGCCGACAGUGUAGUAGAAACUCCUGCAUAACAGAUCCAUCGUGGAAAUUUUCUCACCACACAGGGGUGCUAAUGGUUGUGCUUUUACCAUUUUUUUUUUACAUUAUUAUUAUUAUCCUUUUGCUCGUAUUCCAUGUGCCAGUCAUAUACUGGGGUCACUAUCAUCGAUUUAUACAUCCCAUCGCCUCCCCAGCAAUGUAUGGUCCAGUGCUGAAGUAAGAAAUCUUUAUUAUUGUUAUUAAGCUAAAGGUGGUGAGCUGGCAGAAUCGUGAAAGUGCCGAGCAAAAUGCUCAGUGGCGUUUCAUCUGACUUUACGUUUUGAGUUCAAAUUCUGCCGAGGUCGAUUUUUGCCUUUCAGCCUCUGAGUUAACGAAAUACGUACCAGUCAUAUACUGGGGUUGAUGUAAUCAAAUUACCUCCUACCCCUAAACUACAGCCUUAUGCUAACAUUUGACGCCAUUAUUAUUACUAUUAAUAUUUCAAGAUUGAAGUUACUCUUCAUGAAGAUAAAGAAACAAGAAGGGCGAGACUGUUAUUGGUACUUAAACAGAGAUUGAGUCUUAUAUUUUGAACUUGUAAAAGACACAUGGACUGUUGAAAUAUUGUUCAUUCAUUUCAUUUUCAUUUUAAUAAACCGAGUCAAUCUCUAUUUAUUACCAAUAACAGUCAUGAUCUUAUUUUAUUAUUAUUAUUAUUAAUGCAGCGAGCUGGCAGAGUUGUUAGCACACCGGCUGAAAUGCUUAGUGGUAUUUCGUCUGUCUUUACAUUCUGAGUUCAAAUUCCGCCAAAGUUGAUCUUGCUUUUCAUCCUUUUGGGCUCAAUAAAUUAAGUACCAGUGAAACACUGGGGUCAGUGUAAACAACUAAUCCCCUUCUCACCAAAUUUCAGGCCUUGUGCCUAUAAUAGAAAGGAUUAUUAUUAUUAUUAUUAUUAUGGCAGUGAGCUGGCAGUCGUUACCACGCCAGGCGAAAUGCUUAGCAACAUUUUGUCUGUCUUUUCAUUCUGAGUUCAAAUUCUACUGAAGUAGACUUUGCCUUUCAUCCUUUUGGAGUUGAUGAAAUUAGUACCAGUCAAAUACUGGGGGUCAUUGUAGUCAACUUCACUCUUCCCUUAAAAAUUGCUGGCCCUGUGCCAAACUUUGAAGCCAUUUGUUGUUAUCAAGCUAGAAUAUGUUCUUUUGAUUAGCAGGAAUGUUAUUUUGAGGUUUGGUGACAACAAGUCUUAGAAUUCCUGCUGAAUACAGGAUGGUACUUUUUUUCUGCGUGUCACCAAUGUGAUCCUUAAUUCCAAUCUCUGUCAGUCUCUUAGGUAGCGUUUUGAGAGUUGUGUCAAUUGCCACAGAAAUAAUUGUCUUAGUCUUCCACAGUCUUCACAGCUCUCUUACUCAAUCCUGAUAUUUCUCAGGACUUCUCCCCCCCCCCCAAUUUCUGUGGUAUCCACUGUUAUCAAAUGGUAUUGCAAAGUCUAUGAUCUUAAACCAUUUCUUUACUUUGUCCCCUUUAAUCAUAUCUGGCCCUCUUCCUGCAAUAAUAUGGUCAGUCUUCAUGGGGAAAUCUCAUAAACUUCGGUAAUGUUUAUUCUCUCUCAUAGCUUCUGGUUCCUCUUCAUACCACAUCCAUGUUAUUUCAAAACCAUACACUCAACUAACAACCCAAUGGACUCUUAGCAUGCCAGGUGAAAUGCUUAGUGGUAUUUCAUCUGCCGUUAUGUUCUGAGUUCAAAUUCUGCAAAAGGUCGAUUUUUGCCUUUCAUCCUUUCAGGGUCAAUAAAUUAAGAACCAGUUAAUCGACUUAAUCCUUUCACCCAAAUUUGAGGCCUUGUGCUUCCAGUAGAAAGGAUUGUUAUUAUUAUUGUUAUUAUUAUUAUUGACAACCUGGCAGAACCAUUACCACUCUGGACAGAAUGCUAAGCAGCAUUUCUUCUGAUGUAUUGUUCUGAUGUUGAAAUACUGCUGAAGACAACUUUGCUUUUCAUCCUUCCAGGGUCUAUAGAAUAAAAUACCAGUCAAGUAACAGACCUAUCCAGCUCUUCCAAGAUUUCAGGCCUUAUCCCUAUAGUAGAAAGGAUUAUUAUUAUUAUUAUUGUUGUUAUCAGUGCUGUAUGCAGUUUUCUCCCUUCGUUCCAGAUCUCACUCCUUAUCAGCUUUAAUUAUUCUCACAUAUUUUUGAUACUCUUCUCUCAUUCCAACCUCCUCACUUUGGAAUUCUUCACAGACACAGAAUAACCCCCUGAAGAUUCUGUAGAAUUUAGAUUAAUUAUUGUAAAAACAGAAUCGCAGUUCGUUCUUUUUUUCCCUUUAUAGUCAUCAUAAUUUUUAUCAUUUUACACCCACCCCUCACAUAUACAUAAACACACACAAACAAAUGUGCAUGUAUAAGUAUAUAUAUAUAUAUAUAUAUAUAUAUAUAUAUAUAUAUAUAUAUAUAUAUAUAUAUAUAUAUAUAUUAUAUACACAUACACACAGUCACACACACUCAUAUAUAUAUAUAUAUAUAAUGUACAAGGUGGUGUUGAAAAGUUCCUGGCUUUAGGUCAAGAAAAUACAGGAAGAUCAGUUGAUUAUGAUUUUACUCAACAUAUUCCCCACUUCUCAGAUUCAUACACUUAUUGCAGCAGUCCUUCAGUUUUUUCUAAGCCUUGUAAAAAAACUCAGAAGGUUGGGCCUCCAACCAGGCAUUUCACAAUACUCUUAAAACCAGAAACUUUUCAUCACUCCUUUGUACAUAUGCAUGUGUGAGUGCGCAUAUGUAUAUAUCAUCAUCAUCAUCGUCGUUUAACGUCCGCUUUCCAUGCUAGCAUGGGUUGGACGAUUUGACUGAGGACUGGUGAAACCGGAUGGCAACACUAGGCUCCAGUCUGAUUUGGCAGAGUUUCUACAGCUGGAUGCCCUU